CCUUCUAUUCCCACAACUCAAAGCUCCAACCUUUCUCAGCUUAACAACAACAACAGAAAAAUGGCUUCUUUCAUCACUCCAACCAUCUUAAAAAUAUUCCUUAUCAUCUCUUUGUUUCAAAUCUGUUUGGGUGUACGAAAGCUGAGUGAAGUGGUUGAGGAGCAGCCUCAGCUCUUGAAAUACCACAACGGUCCUCUCCUUUCAGGCCCAAUCACCGUCAAUCUCAUUUGGUACGGUAAGUUCAAGCCUUCCGAGAGGGCUAUUAUCUCUGAUUUUGUCACCUCCCUCUCUUCUAACCCUUCUUCACCCUCUCUAAAAGCCCAACCCACGGUGGCUCAGUGGUGGCGGACCACCGAGAAAUACUACCAUCUCGCCUCUAAGAAAUCGUCUCUUUCCUUGUCUUUGGGGAAGCAGAUCCUUGAUGAACACUAUUCGCUUGGCAAGUCUCUCAAGAAGAAACAAAUUGUUGAGUUGGCCUCAAAGGGUGACCAAAAGUAUGCUAUUAAUGUUGUUUUAACAGCAUCUGAUGUUGCUGUCGAAGGGUUUUGUAUGAGCCGAUGUGGGACUCAUGGGUCUGCCUUGAGCUCCACCAAGGGUAAAAGGUCUUCCAAAUUUGCUUACAUUUGGGUUGGGAAUGCCCAAACCCAGUGCCCUGGUCAAUGUGCCUGGCCAUUCCACCAACCUAUCUAUGGACCACAGUCCCCACCUUUGAUUGCACCAAACAACAAUGUGGGUGUUGAUGGCAUGGUCAUCAACUUGGCUAGCCUCUUUGCGGGGACUGUUACCAACCCUUUUGGAAAUGGUUACUACCAGGGCCCAGCUGAGGCGCCAUUGGAAGCUUCAUCAGCAUGUCCUGGAAUAUAUGGCAAAGGGGCUUAUCCAGGCUAUGCUGGAAACCUACUUGUAGACCCUUCAACUGGUGCUAGCUACAAUGCUCAUGGUGAGAAUGGAAGGAAAUACUUGCUUCCUGCUUUGUAUGAUCCUGCUACAUCAUCUUGCUCAACCUUGGUCUGAGAGUGGCCACAACAACCUUAACCAUUCUUUUAUUUGUUAAUUUAUUAAUAACAUCAGCAAACUCUUUGAUUUGCUUUUUUGCUUUUAA